GGGACAUGGAGGUGGGUUAUGGGGAUGUGGGGGUUACGGGGACGUGGGGGUUACGGGGCAAUCCCGAUGGACAGGCGCCUCGCUCUCUCCUGCAGGAUGAGGGAGUGGUGGGUGCAAGUGGGGCUGCUGAGCGUGCCCCUCCUCGCCGUCUACCUGCACAUCCCGCCCCCCAAGCUCUCCCCGGCUCUCCUCUCCUGGAGGUCCUCCGGAGGCUACUUCACCUACAAGGACCAGAACAUCUUCUACAGAGAUUCGACCGGCGCCGUUGGCAGCUCCGACAUCGUCGUCCUCCUGCAUGGCUUCCCAACCUCCAGCUACGACUGGUGCAAGAUCUGGGAAGGGCUGACCCAGCGGUUUCACCGGGUGAUCGCUCUGGAUUUUGUAGGAUUUGGUUUCAGUGACAAGCCUAGGCCCCACCGCUACUCCAUCUUCGAGCAAGCCAGCAUCGUUGAGGGGCUGGUGCGUCACCUCGGCCUCCGCCACCAGAGAAUUAAUCUCCUGUCCCAUGAUUACGGGGAUACGGUUGCACAGGAGCUGCUCCACAGGUAUGAGCACAACAAAACUGGAAGCAUCUUGAUCAACAGUCUCUGUUUAUCUAACGGAGGGAUUUUCCCCGAAACGCACUACCCCCGCUUCAUCCAGAAGAUCCUCAAGGAUGGGGGUUUGCUGUCCCUCGUUAUCACACGGCUGAUGAAUUUCUUUUUCUUCUCCAGAGGGCUCGGGGCAGUCUUUGGGCCCUACACGCAGCCUUCGCAGGCAGAGUACUGGGACAUGUGGACAGCGGUGCGGACCAACGACGGCAAUCUCGUUGUUGACAGUAUUUUGCAGUACAUAAACCAGAGAAAGAAGCACAGAGACCGCUGGGUUGGGGCUUUGAUGUCCACCUCCGUCCCACUGCAUCUGAUCUACGGGCCCCUGGACCCCGUGAAUCCGCACCCAGAGUUUCUUCAGCUCUACAGGAAGGUGCUUCCCAUGUCGACAGUGUCUGUGCUGGACGAUCACAUUAGCCACUAUCCACAGCUGGAGGAUCCGACAGGCUUCCUGAACGCGUAUCUGAACUUCAUCAACUCUUUCUGAGCUGCUGCAGCUCAGUUCUCGCUCUCUGUUUAGGAGUCGGGCUUUGGGGGCAGGAAGAAACCUUGAUUUUUGUCUCCAGAUCCAACACUUUGCACUAACACCCUAAUCUUCGGCUGCCAAACUGCUGUGUUUAUGCAGUUAAAUCCUUUGAACAGCAGACGGGAUCAACCUGCAGGGAGGCAGGGACAAAACUCGCAACCUAAGCAGAGUUACAGCUCUUCCAGCCCUGCGCUCACCUUGCUUCUUGACCAGCCUAUCUCUGUACUUACACCGAGAGCCAGGAGGGCUCAAGGCAGAGCAGGGGCACUCAGGGGGAGGCAGAACACCUACAAACACCUGUGUUAGUUCAAGAGUCCUUACUUGCCUCCACAGCUAGGCUACGCUGCGUGCCACAGGCAGGCAGGAGCACUAGCAGCCAAGGGUUGAUGCGCAUAUUCCCAAGAUGGACGUUGGUUUGGGGUUGGUUUUUUUUUUUUUUGAGUUGCUGCACAGGCAGUUUAAAUUCUAUCCUUCUGCUAAGUGGUGUAAUACCCAGCCAGCUUGGCAGGACCGAAGAAUUUGAAGGUGAGUUUGCCAACACUAAAUACAGCAGGAGAGCUGGAUCUGUAAAUCCCCUAAAGUCUAGGCAAUGAUGCUCUGCACCCAUAAAGGGGUGUUUAAGCAUUGUAAUUAUCAUAGAACUGUUUGGGUUGGAAAAGCCCUUUAAGCUCCCCCAGCCCAACUGCCCCCCUACCCCUGCCAUCCCACCCCCAA